AUGCCCAUUCUCAUAACUGGUGCAUCCGGAUACCUCGGAGGCUCGCUGCUUGCACAGCUACGCAACACCGCCCUCCCAGGAAAUGAGACUAUAUAUGCUCUAGUCAGGUCUCAAGAACAGGCAGAGGCAGUAAAGGAAUAUGACGUACUUCCUUUCACUCUCGAUUUGCAGGACGAGAAGAGUGUUACGAAGAACAUUGUAGAUGCACAGAUCUUCGUCGUCUAUUUCCUUGUAGACGCUGUGAAUUGCGAUAUGCAGAUACCUCUAAUUAAAGCUCUCGGAGAGGUCAAGAGGCAGACCGGACGGGAAGUGCACUUUCUACACACCAGCGGCGCAAAGAUGUUUAGCGAGCAUGCAGGAAUGCCCACCGAUAGGAGACUUGUUGACACUGAUCCGGCAUUGUACGACCUCCAGAAAAGCUCCGAGUCUCCACACGAAUUCUUCACCAAAGCAGCGAAUACGAACAUCACCGUCAUCGAAACGGCCGAGAAAUACGGUGUUCGCAGCUACAUUUUUGUUCCAUGUAUCGUGUAUGGCGAAGGUAAAGGCUUUGGGAACAAAAUCUCGAUCCAGACUGUUGCGGUGGUCACAGCUGCGAAGGGUUCUGGCACCGUCUAUGAUGUCAACCCGGAAGACCGGACUUGGCCAGUAUGCCAUAUUGACGAUAACACAAAGCUUUAUGUAAAGCUGCUAAAGAGUAUUCUGAGUGGCGAGAAUCCAGGGUAUGGCAAGGACGGGUACUAUCUCGCUUCGUCUGGCAGUAUGGCGUGGUACGACAUAUACGCCGCCAUGGCAAAAGCACUUGCGAAGCGUGGGGUGAUCAGUAGCCCUGAUGUUGAGAGAGCAGACGAUGCCGCGCUUGACAAGAUGGCGCAGGCCUUGGGCUGUCCUAAAGAUAUGGUCGCAGUGCAGCUGGGUGGAAAAUGCACAUUCGAAGCAAAAAGGGCCUAUAGUUUGGGCUGGAGGCCGGAUCAUGCGCCGGAGCAUAUCGUCGAAGUGGCAGAUGCCGAGGUCGAGCUUAUCUUAAACCAUAUAGGAACGACCACUGGCAAAAUUACUAAGAGAUAG